AUGAAGGCGAAGUCCAAGAAGAUUGCUCGUCCUGUGACCGUCUGGAUGGACCGAUCGGCGCCGCGCACGCCAUCGUACGAAUCGAUGCGUGCGUCCGUGCGCGCCCAGGGCGCCAAGUUCCAUGCCAACAGCCAGGCAUACGAGGAGGGCAAGAAGUCAAAGUACACGGGCCUCUGGUGCCGCAAGACAGAGUGGACCACCCAGUGGUCGUGCUGCCUCCGGGAGCCAGGCCGCGGCGGCCCCGACCAUUCGUGGUCUCCUGAUGAUGAGCCGCUGCUGCUGCUGCAGUGCAACAGCGAGGUGGAGGCGGCCCUGACGCAUGAUCUGGGGGCCCUGUGGCUGACGCUCAACGCCACUGGUGGCGCGACCGAGGAGCAGCUGAAGCGCAUGCGCUGGAACCUGCCGCAGCUCCAACUGUGGCAGGACGGCGCCGUCAAGUCGCUGUCAGGGAUACACCUCGAAGACAAGGGCCGCGCGCGCACCACCAUCAGGCGCCUGGCCCAGCGGCUGCUGCGCCAGCUGCCGGCCGGCAUGCUGCCCCCUGCACAGGCCAAGAAGAUCGCGAAGGACGAUAAGGCAAAGGCCGUGAAGAAGGAGAGGCAGAGGAAGGCGGCCGCUAAGAUGAGGGAGGCGGACAAGAAGCGUUUUGCCAAGGUGGCGUUCCUGGUCCACCAGGCUUCUCUCACGGCGCGCAAGACGCAAAAGCAGGAGGCGGCCAAGAGGAGGGCGGCAGAGGAGCGUGCCAAGGCGGCAAAAAAGCGUGCGGCUGAGAGGGAGGCUGUAGCCAGGAUCAAAAAGGUGCGCGCCGUGGCCGAGGCGGAGCGAGCGCACGAGCGGCUGAAGCGUGAGCGGGAUGCACGCGUCAAGCAGCGUGCCACCAAGCGGGCACGCACAUGA